UUGCUUUAUUUGACGAGUAACUAGUGAGUUGUACAAAGUUUGCUUUGUAUAAUUAGCUUUUCUUAUAUUACGGUUUAUUAAGGCUAAUCCACCAUGUUAUUUACCGUACUCGGAGUAAUUGCUCUCUUCCUGGGAGAAAGAAACAACAGUUCCACCGUCUCAGGUCAAGAAGAAAGAUUCGACCGUCCGGAAGGAUUGGUCACGGUAUCCUCCGUGACUAACAGUGAUGGUCGAGAAAUCGGUGACUGGUGUAAAGAUUCAUCUUUGCAUCUUGAGGAACAGAUCAAUGUUCAGAUUGAGGAACCAUCACUGGAGGAACCUGUUGAUGGUCAGAGUGAAAAACAACCACCGGUAGAGCCCGACAGUGUUCCCGGUGAAGAACAACCACUGGUAGAGCCCGACAGUGUUCCCGGUGAAGAACAACCACUGGUAGAGCCCGACAGUGUUCCCGGUGAAGAACAACCACUGGUAGAGCCCGACAGUGUUCCUGGUGAAGAACAACCACUGGUAGAGCCCGACAGUGUUCCCGGUGAAGAACAACCACUGGUAGAGCCCGACAGUGUUCCCGGUGAAGAACAACCACUGGUAGAGCCCGACAGUGUUCCCGGUGAAGAACAACCACUGGUAGAGCCCGACAGUGUUCACGGUGAUGAAAAACCACUGGUAGAGCCCGACAGUGUUCCUGGUGAAGAACAAUCACUGGUAGAGCCCGACAGUGUUUACGGUGAUGAUCAACCCCUAGUAGAGCCUGUGGAUGGUCACAGUGAGGACACAGAGAGCUUCUCUGCUGAGCCCGGCUGUAGUCAUGACGACCCUCCAAAUGUGGUCUCUGCUAAGCCCGGCUGUAAAGAUGACGUCGCUCAAGGUGCAACCUGUCAGACAGAGGGCUCUGUUCCACCUCAGCCAGAAGAGCUGAAGGAUCAAGACACACACAUUAUUGAGAUCAACUCACGUCACUAUGAAAUUGGUGCUAAGCUGGGCAAAGGAAGUUAUGGAACCGUUUUCGCAGGAACCCGUUUAGAAGAUGGCCUUCCGGUGGCUGUAAAAAUAGCAGAUUUCAAGAUUGAGCGAUACAUCUUUGUUCCGGGGUUUAACCAUCCACUUCCAGCAGAGAUUGCUCUGCACUUUCUUGCAACUAAAGGCCCCAAGGUCAAAGAACUCGUUCAGCUUCUGGACUGGAAGGUGGAGGAUAACCGCUACUUUAUGGUCCUAGAGCGGCCCAUACCCUCUGUGAGCGUAACGGAAUUUUUAAGAAGCCACAGAGGCAACAUCGAAGAAGACGUGUUACAGAAAAUCAUGUUCCACACAACAAUUGCUGCUGACACAUGCAUCAAACGUGGAGUGCUUCAUCGCGAUAUUAAGCCUGACAACUUGCUGAUGAACCCGCAGACCAAUGAAGUUAAACUGAUUGACUUCGGGUGCGGUGACCUAAUGAAGUACUAUUACACAACUUAUUUGGGCACAUUCCAGUUCAGCCCUCCCGAGGCUAAAACGGCUGGCUAUUACUAUGCUGAGCCAGCGACAGUGUGGUCACUCGGGAUUCUUCAAUAUGUCCUGAUAAUGCAGCGAUUUCAUCAGCGGUUGUCUGCAGACACUGCCCUGGUCUCGGUAUAAGCUGAAUGCACUUCGUGCCCAUGACUGGUUUAAGGUAAUUUUGAGGAUUUUGUCAUCAGUCA